CAACUUAUCCACGCCUUGGUUAUAUCCCGCCUCCAUUCCUGCAACUCCCUCCUCACUGGUCUAACCAUUACACAGGCUAUCCCCCUUCAGUCUAUUAUGAAUGCUGCUGCUAGACUCCGAUCCGACUGCUGCCUCUCUCUCCCCCUCCACUGGCUUCCACUCAGUGUCCUCCACCCCUCUCUGCCAAUCCCUCCAUGGCCUCCACUCAGUGUCCUCCACCCCUCUGCCAAUCCCUCAGUGUCCUCCACCCCUCUCUGCCAAUCCCUCCACUGGCUUCCACUCAGUGUCCUCCACCCCCUCUGCCAAUCCCUCCACUGGCCUCCACUC